AUGGGUAUUUUGAUGUCUUCCCCACCACAUGAGGAUGUUGACAUCCCCAAAUACUUAAUUAAAGCGAAUGGGAAAGAAAAGGUGAACAGAUGGAAGAUUCCAGUAGGUUUAACGGAUAAAGAAACCAAAGCUUUGGAAUCAUUUAAAAAAAUUGCAUAUCGGUAUGAUGAAAAUUGUUGUUGUGGUUUCGGUUUAGAUCCUAUUCUCGGGCUAGUACCAGUAAUAGGAGAUUUCUUGGGAGUUUGGUUAUCAUUGAUGUUAAUCAAAUCGGCUAAACGAACUGCGGAAGAUUCUCAAUUUCAAAAUAGAGAUCUUUUAGAAAUGCUUAGUAAGAUGACUUGGAAUAUUGCAAAAGAUGUUGGGGUUGGCUUUAUACCUAUUAUAGGGGAUUUCUUUGAUUUCUUUGUUAAAGCAAAUACGGUCAAUGCAGAACUCUUCCAGUACUAUCUUAUCAAACAUUCAAAAAAUAGAUCAAUGGUGGUUGAUCAUCAUAUGGUUGAAGUGAUUUCUCAUACCAGCUAA